GCUUUGAUUGGACUGGGCUGGCUCUUUGUAACAUUUAUAAACCAUCACCUUCUCCUCUGUCAUCACUGCAACUGUUCAAUAUGGUGACUGCACAGGGUUUGUUGAGGUUUUUCCUCUUUGCCUUGCUGUUUGUGGAUGUUCAUGGCUUUCCAGUGAAAGGCUCUGAAGUUCCGAGUAGACCCCAUGACCCAGACGACCGACAUCAUGUUGGCUCUCAGCAGGGAUCAACCACUGGCCACUCUGCACCUUCAUCUCACAGGUCCUCUGGAGGUGUCUCCAAGCCAGUGAAACAUCUUGGUCCACCCCAGUAUGUUCAGGCACAGCCAGUACCUAUCGUCCUUCACUCUGCUCUGCCUGGAGCAGAAUAUACUGCAUCUCUUGAUCCUGAGCAAGCAGGAUCUCUUGCUGGCUCUUACCUCCCAGUUCAGGCAGGAUAUGUCACUGGUGUUUCAGUGCCUGCUCAUGCUGGAUAUGCUGCUGGUGCCUUUGUGCCUAUUCAAGCAGGAUAUGUUGCCAGCCCUUCAGAGUCUGGACCUCAGGCUCACUUACCUGAGAUGGAGUGGGCUAUUGGCCCAAAAGCCUUUGAGGAAGCCACAACUGACACCCAACCUCAAGAGAUCAAUGUUAGUCCACAACUUCCUCAAGCACCAGCUGCACUGGCCCUUCAGUCUGGAGAAACUUCCAAUGUUGUGAAGGAAGCUGAACUUGGGAACUACAAUCAGCAGACAGAGGAGUUUGGUUAUCCCUCUGACCAUAUGGGGCCUGGCCAGGGUAUUCCACCUGUACCUCUGCCGGCUCUUGGUGUGGGUGGCUUGUGGGGCUACCCUCUUCCUUACCCCUACCCUGAUUUUGACUACAGGUUUCUGUAUGGGCUGUACCCUCCUGGCACCUAUACUAGCUUCAGCAAAGAACAUGAGACAGGCCAAGAUUACUUUCAGGAUCAUUAUUUGAAAGCGCAUGGUCCAGAUACCCCUGACACUCCACAGGACCCUGGCGCUGGGCAGCAGAAGGUCUUCACAGUGACCCCUUAAAUCUCUGCUGGUCCACACAUGGAACCUGCUGCCAAAAUCUGCACUUCAAAGAUUUUCUGUAACUUUGUUUCUUCCCUGCAAGUUGCCUGGCUAGUCAAAUAGUUGGGGCCAUAAUUUCAAUAAAAUGCUUUGAAUGAG